CGUAUAGCACUAACCAUUAUUGUCACGAAGAGGAUCAACUGUCAAUUGGGCUGGAGGUUCUGUAAGACCCGCCCUAUGUGCUCGACAUUUUGUAUGUGCGUUUAUAUAUAACAGUGCAGGACUGGCAUACCAACUCUGGUGUCCACACUUUGAAGAGACAGAGGGAGGAAGAACACACCGUGUGACACGCGAAGCCAUCUCUCAUCAUCCUCGGUUGAUAUUUGCCUUUCGGAUCUACAGUCGCACAAUAGAAAAUACGCAUUUACCAAGAUGCCCAAGCCACUGACAGACCAGGAUAAGAGGAAGCAGAUAUCUGUGCGGGGGCUUGCAGGAGUGGAAAAUGUUUCAGACCUUAAGACCAAUUUUAAUCGCCAUCUCCACUUUACGCUGGUAAAGGACCGAAAUGUGGCGACCAAAAGGGACUACUACUUCGCCUUGGCCAACACUGUCCGCGACCAUCUGGUGGGCAGAUGGAUCAGGACGCAGCAGCACUACUAUGAGAAAGACCCCAAACGUGUGUAUUACCUGUCCCUUGAGUUCUACAUGGGACGCACCCUGCAGAAUACAAUGGUGAACCUGGCUCUGGAGAAUGCAUGUGACGAGGCUACCUAUCAGUUGGGCCUGGACAUGGAGGAGCUGCAGGACAUUGAGGAAGAUGCCGGGCUGGGAAAUGGUGGCCUUGGACGGCUCGCCGCCUGCUUCCUAGAUUCCAUGGCGUCUCUGGGACUGGCAGCUUACGGCUACGGCAUCCGCUAUGAGUUCGGCAUCUUCAACCAGAAAAUUGUGAAUGGCUGGCAGGUAGAGGAGGCUGACGAUUGGCUGCGCUACGGCAACCCCUGGGAGAAGGCCCGCCCUGAGUACAUGCGACCCGUCCACUUCUACGGCAGAGUGGAGCACACCCCCGAGGGUUUGAAAUGGGUCGACACACAGGUAGUGUUGGCCCUUCCUUAUGACACCCCGGUCCCUGGCUACAGGAAUAACGUUGUGAACACCAUGAGACUGUGGUCUGCCAAGGCCCCCUGUGAUUUCAACCUGAAAGACUUCAACGUGGGUGGCUAUAUUCAAGCUGUGCUGGACAGAAACUUGGCCGAGAACAUCUCCCGUGUUCUGUACCCCAAUGACAACUUCUUCGAGGGCAAGGAGCUGCGUCUGAAGCAGGAGUACUUUGUGGUGGCYGCCACUCUGCAGGACAUCGUCCGUCGCUUCAAGUCCUCCAAGUUCGGCUCCACUGAGGUUGUGCGCGUUGACCUGUCCACCCUACCUGACAAGGUGGCCAUCCAGCUGAACGACACCCACCCUGCCAUGGCCAUCCCUGAGCUGAUGAGGAUCUUGUUGGACACYGAGCACCAGACAUGGGAGAAGGCCUGGGACAUCUGUACACGUACCUGUGCCUACACCAACCACACCGUCCUGCCUGAGGCUCUGGAGCGCUGGCCCACCGACCUGCUCCAGAACCUUCUGCCCAGACACCUGGAGAUCAUCUACGAGAUCAACCGACGUCACCUGGAGCGCAUCGCUAAGCUCUACCCRGGGGACCAGGAUCGUCUGCGCCGCAUGUCCCUAGUGGAGGAGGGCGACCAGAAGAAGAUCAACAUGGCCCACCUGUGRAUCGUGGGRUCCCACGCCGUCAACGGAGUGGCCCGCAUCCACUCGGACAUCCUCAAAGCAACUCUGUUCAAGGACUUCUACGAGGUGGACCCCCACAAGUUCCAGAACAAGACCAACGGGAUCACGCCCCGACGCUGGCUGGUCAUGUGCAACCCUGGGCUGGCUGAAGUCAUUGCAGAGAGGAUCGGUGAGGAUUACAUCCGCGAUCUGGACCAACUGAAGAAGUUGCUGACGUUUGUGGAUGACGACUCUUUGAUUCAUGACAUCGCCAAGGUCAAACAGGAGAACAAGCUGAAGUUUUCUGCCUAUCUGGAGGAGCACUACAAGGUGAAGAUCAACCCCAACUCCAUGUUCGACGUUCAAGUCAAGAGGAUCCACGAGUACAAGAGGCAACUGCUCAACUGCCUGCACAUCAUCACUCUCUACAACCGCAUCAAGAAGGAGCCCAACAAGAAUUGGACCCCCAGGACUAUCAUGAUUGGAGGAAAGGCUGCCCCUGGGUAUCACACAGCAAAGCUGAUCAUUAGGCUGAUCACUGCCAUCGGAGAGAUUGUCAACCACGACACUGUGGUGGGAGACCGCCUCAAAGUCAUCUUCCUGGAGAACUACAAGGUCACUCUGGCCGAGAAAAUCAUCCCUGCGUCCGACCUGUCUGAGCAGAUCUCCACAGCUGGCACUGAGGCAUCUGGCACUGGCAACAUGAAGUUCAUGCUGAACGGAGCGCUCACCAUCGGCACCAUGGACGGAGCCAACGUAGAGAUGGCCGAGGAGGCCGGAGAAGAGAACCUCUUCAUCUUCGGCAUGAGGGUGGACGACGUGGACGCCAUGGACAAGAGUGGAUAUGAUGCCAUGGACUACUACAACCGCAUUCCUGAGCUGAAGCAGGCCAUGGACCAGAUCGCUGGUGGAUUCUUUAGCCCCGACCAGCACGACCUCUUCAAGGACAUUGUCAACAUGCUGCUUCACCAUGACAGAUUCAAGGUGUUCGCUGACUACGAAGCUUACAUCAAAUGCCAAGAGAAAGUCAGUGCUCUCUACAAGAACCCUAAAGAAUGGACCAAGAUGGUGAUCCACAACAUCGCUGGUUGUGGUAAAUUCUCUAGCGACCGCACUAUCUCCCAGUACGCCCGGGAGAUCUGGGGCAUGGAGCCCAGCCUGGAAAGGAUCCCUGCCCCAGACGAUCCUCGCCAAUAAACCCCAGCCCUAAAACCAACCGCUGGUUUUUCCACAGCCCCAGCUUCUGGUUUUGCCUCUGGCUAUUCCACAAGAAAACCAUUUUAACAUGAGAAAUGGUUUAGAAACCUGAAAGCUCCCUGUAACUAGUACAUUUUCAUUGUGUCAUUUCAUUGUGGUCAGUAUUAGUUGAUGAUUGACUAUACAUGUAGCAAUCCCUGUCCGGCUACGUGAUGGCCAAUAACCUGAUACCACUUUCAACCUCGACAUUCAGCAUUAAUUUUCUCAAUGGGCUAAUUCAAAAUCAGCAUUCACCUUCUCAAUGGGCUAAUUCAAAUCAGCAUUCACCUUCUCAAUGGGCUAAUUCAAAAUCAGCAUUCACCUUCUCACAUGCACCAGCAAUGCAUAGUCAACUGGCUUGUGCAACAUUAAUAUCAUCAAUAACACUGUUCACCAUCAUUUAAGCUAACAUGGUCAGAGAAUACACCCUUUAACAGUCAGUGGGGUCAACAAGUAGCUGGACACCUCACCACUGUCUAAUGGUACCAAAACCAUGUCUUCCAAGAAUGAGACAUGAUGGGACAUAGAGACUUAUCAAAAUAAAGUAUUCAAAAUAAGCACGUUCUUCUCACAUAGACACUGUGAUUCUACACUACUGAUUCGGCCUGCCAAGGACCACCUCUUUAUUCAUAUCUGCACCGAAUAACCACUCAAGUUGAAGGGACUAGGUUAACAUGCGUGAUCCUUGYUGUUAUAAAACUGUUUGCUCAAUGUAUGUCUGUCUGUAUGUCGAAUGUAGUKAUUUUUGCGUGUUAUUAAUGCUUGUGUUUUGGGUAGCCCACACACAAUCCUUAUUGCUAAAAUACUUUCUGCUAUAGGCUGRGUUUUGUUUAGAAUGAUCCCAUCAGUAUAUCCUCAAAACGUUGUUCCAGUGUUGGAAAAUGAUCCUUCAUAUAGUGCAACAAACUAAGCCUUCUCUCCUCCACCUUCUCUGCCUAAUACCUCUCUGAGUGACUAUAAUGCUGCCUUAACUAAGCUGUGUGUGUAGUUGUUCAGCCUAAAGUGACCCCACAUUGACUUCUCACUGUUAAGCUGCAAGUCUUUUUMGAUGUUCAGAUAAAUAAGCAUAUCUGGUACAAUAGUAUUUCUCACUGUUUGGAAGUCUUGGACUUAAUGUUAACGCUACUGAAUCACUAGUAAUUGAGUGUGUAGGGUUGAUAAAGAUUGCACAAUGUCCAGUAGUUUUCUUCCAUUAGAGAGACUCUGAAAAGCACUUAAAGCUUCAAACUCUGCAUUCUCUUGUCAAUGUGAAACAACAGUCAAUAAAGGAGACAAAGUUACAA